CUUAACUCCGGUACUAGACCGUGCCUCGAAAUAUCUGCCUUCACCAAGAAGCAUACCAGAAUUGUACAAAGAGAAGGAGUAGAAUUUGAAGGUUUUCUCAUUCCAAGAGCUCAGGGAUUCAACCAAUGGCUUCAGCAGGUCGCAAAAGCUUGGUGAAGGAGGCUUUGGGAGUGUGUAUAAAGGAAUAAUCAAGCCCAAAAAUGGCAAGGGUAGUCCAAUUUUUGUUGCCAUAAAGAAGUUGAAUCCACAUAGCUUACAGGUUCCAAUUCUUAUCUUCAUUAAGGAACUUUAACUGUUUGCUUAAUUUUUCAAUUUUUUCUGUCUGUUUUUCUUCCACUUGGUUUUUCUCCAUUACUACUUGGUUGGUUGGUUUUCUUAGUCUUGGAUGUUGAAUGAUUGUGAUGGUAGCAUUGAAUGGUAUUAUAAUCUGAUCUGAAAGUGUUGUUAUAUUGGAUAGUGAAUUAUAUUAGUUUGUUUUUGGGGUUGAAUUACUCCUAAAGAAUAGUUAUAUAUAUCUCCAUGUUUUGACUAUACUUCUAGUAGUGGCCCUGUUCUGCAUUUGUUAAUAAACACAUGGUUUUUAAUUGAUUAGUACAUGUGGUUUGUUUAGUAGAUUUAUUGGGUGUCUGUGAUUUUAUAUACAUGUUAAUAUAGCUUGUCAGUUGAACUUAGAUUUUCAUUGGAUUUAUAACUCCUGUAUACUGCUUCAAUAUAAUCCCAAAAUACAUGGUAGGCACUAGGCACUAGGCAUAGUAAAGUGGGGUGGAAAAAAGGGCAUGGGUUUACCAACCAAUCUGUCAUUCCUAAUUCUUGGCCAAUUGGAGUGGGAAUGAAAUAGAAGUUAAUAAUCAAUAGAGAAUGUGCUAAAGUGAGUAGGGCAUGAAAAAGACUAAAUGCGACAUAAUGAUUUUCUAUCGAGGUUGAAAGAAAUCUGAAUGUCUUCUAUUGAUCAAGUCACUGAAGUUCUGUGGUAUACAUUAGUUAAAGACCCUACAUGUAGUUCGGUGGAAUAUGACAAUUGUGGACCUUGGAAUCCAUCUGGUGCUGGAACUCUAGGAAUGUGGAGAUUAUAUCAUCAUUUGUAAUGUUAGCAAGAACCAGAAGGAAAGUGAAUACUAAUACAAGGCAAAUGGAUUUCAUGCAGUGUUUGAAAACCAUUCCUAAAGUGAAUGGUAAAUAGUUUUGUUUCUCUCAGCUGGAAAACAUAUUAUGCAGCGUUCUUUGUCUGACAAUGCUCUUACCAGUUACUAAAGAAAGAGAUUUUUGCUCUCAAGAACUUGAAUUGGAACAGAUUGUCAAAUUUUGUGGAAAUAGUACUUUAUAUUUGAGAAUGGAUAAAAGUAAUGAUUAAGCCCUUGAGAUGAUAUUGGCCUGUGUAAAAGAUACAUCUCAUUACUCUUUUAAACAGUUGAGAGAGAUCCGCACAUUCAACUAAACUCUGAGUUCAAAGUUAUCCUUUCCUAAACACCCAUUUUGUAGACAUUGUGUGCCUCUAUAUUAUUUUUAUCUAUUUAGUUGUCAAGGUUAUGGUUCUUUGCUAUUUUCAUAUGGUCAUAAAGAGUGGCUAGCAGAGGUUCAAUUUCUUGGUGUGGUAAAUCACCCAAAUCUGGUAAAGCUUCUAGGAUAUUGCUCUAUAGAUGGAGAAAGAGGGAUCCAACGGCUAUUGGUAUAUGAAUAUAUGCCUAAUAGGAGCUUAGAAGAUCAUCUUUUCAACAGGGCUCUGAACCCUCUUCCUUGGAUCACAAGGUUACAAAUAAUGCUUGGUGCUGCUCAAGGAUUGGCUUAUCUACACGAGGGACUGGAAGUCCAGGUGAUAUAUCGAGAUUUCAAAUCCUCCAACGUGCUCUUGGAUGAGGACUUUAAGCCGAAGCUCUCAGACUUCGGGCUUGCUAGAGAAGGGCCAAAGGGUGACCGUACUCAUGUAUCGACAGCAGUGGUAGGGAUUAUGGAUAUGCUGCCCCAGAGUAUGUUGAAACAGGCCAUCUUUCCAUCCAUAGUGACUUAUGGAGUUUUGGUGUGGUGCUGUAUAAGAUCCUCACUGGGAGGCGUGUCUUAGAAAGACACCGGCCAACAGCGGAGCAGAAUCUUCUUUAUUGGGUUAGACAGUACCCUGCAGACAGUAAAAAAUUCAGCAUGAUAAUAGAUCUGCUUCUGAGAGACUAGUAUUCUAUUAAUGCAGCUCGGAAAAUUGCCUAGUUGGCAGAUAGCUGCCUGAACAAGAAUGCAAAAGACCGGCCAACAAUGAAUCAGGUAGUAGAGAUCUUGAAGCAAGCUAUACAAGAUUCAGGAAAGGGUACCAACUCUGUAAAUAACAAUUUUGGGGCAUCUGGGUCUAAAAUGGGUAGAAAGAACCCCAAGUUGAGGUGAUAUAAGAGAGAAGCCUGUGAUCAAAUCAAACGAAAGCAUUAGUAAUAGUGUCUGCUGUGACUAUGUUCUAUUUAAAUUUUUUAACAGGUUGAAAUGAUUGGAUAUGUGGAAAUGGGAAGUUUUGUAAAAGUUUCAA